CCAAACAUACCCCAUUUUGUACCCCAAUAUAAAAGACCACCCCCACCCCACAUAUGCAAGUAACCCCCACCCCUCCAUGUGCAAGUAACCCCCAUCCCUUUACUUCUCCGUCCUCUCUGCUUCUCCACCUUAGUCUCUCUCCUCUCUUUGCCGUCUUCCCAGCCUCCUCUCUUUACUGUCUCCUCUCUUUUCCGGUUCUUAUCUUCUCUCUUUGCUAUCUUCACCGCCCUCCUCACUGUCGCCGCCGCCUGCCGGUGGUCCGCCUUGACAGAACUCCUCUCUGCCGUCUUCACAACCCUCCUCUGUGCCGCCGACGGUCCGCCAUCAAGGUAAAUGUUCCUCCNAAGUAACCCCCAUCCCUUUACUUCUCCGUCCUCUCUGCUUCUCCACCUUAGUCUCUCUCCUCUCUUUGCCGUCUUCCCAGCCUCCUCUCUUUACUGUCUCCUCUCUUUUCCGGUUCUUAUCUUCUCUCUUUGCUAUCUUCACCGCCCUCCUCACUGUCGCCGCCGCCUGCCGGUGGUCCGCCUUGACAGAACUCCUCUCUGCCGUCUUCACAACCCUCCUCUGUGCCGCCGACGGUCCGCCAUCAAGGUUAUCAAGUUCAUUUUGCUCCAGUUUUUUGGUUUGCGUGCAUGUGGUGUUAUGAUCCUUGCAUAGGCAAUAUGCAGCAUGUAUGUGGUGUUACGAUCCUUGCAUUCGCGGAGUACCUCUUGGCUCGUUCGCCACUACUUCCUGACUGCACCUACGAUUAUGUCGACGACUUCCGUAGGCAAUAUGCGGCACGGCUAUUAAGUGUUAGUAUAUUGAAAAAAAUCAGUAGCACACAG